AUUUAUUUUGGAAUGUGGUAUAAAAAUUUUUCAAAACAGAGUUGGAAUCUUCGUGUUUGGAGGUAUAGUAUAAUAAAUAUAUGUAUAUAGAAAGGCAAAUAUAUUAUUCAAUUAGGAUGAUAUUGGUAUGUUCAAGACAAAAGGUGUUUUGAGAUGGAAAGAUACUGUAUUUAGAAUGGCUAGAAGUGAAGCAUGUGUAUAAAGUUAUUAAUAUGAAUGAUAGUUAAGAGGAUUCAACUUCUUUUUCUUUGCUGGAAUGAUUGGAUCAUUUAUAUGGGUAAAAUCAAACUAUUAUGAUCCAAAAUAUGUGGCACCAAAAAAAGUAGAAAGUGAGAAGGAAUUAGAGAGAUUAGAUGCAGAAGCUGAUAAAAUAUUGUUUAAGAAUAGAUUGGAAGCUUAUUCAAGACCACAUAGAAGUUUGGAAGAUUUGAUUGCCUUUUUAUCUGGGUAUUGAGAAAUAAAUAAUUGUUUAUAGUUCAAAAACAUUUGAUUAGUUUGCUGAUUUUAUCAGUUAUGAAGAAGCAAUGAAUAAUAGCAUGGAUCAAUAAAAUGGUUUGGAUUCUUGGAUGGAUGAUUAAGAUUAGAGAAUGCUUAAAUAUUAUCAAAGAAGUAUAGGACGCACUCCAAAAUUUGAUUGAUUAAGUCAAAAACAU